GUUACAAUGUUUAAGCGGCAAUGAUUGAAUGAAGAAGUUAUUAAGUCUAAAACAAAACUUAGAAAAACCCAAAUAAUUAUAUUAAAUAUAAGAGUAGAGUAGGUUUCAUGCACCAAAAUUAUAUUAUUAUUCCUAAAGAAUAUGAAAUCACAAAUUUUUUUAAAAAAAAAGGAAAAGGAAAAGGAAAAAGAAAAAGAAGGGAAGAGGAUAAGGUGGGUAAGCAUCAUUGCGGUGGUAAGGUAAAGCUCAUCAUAAUCAAUUAUUAAUGAGAAGGAAUUUUAAAUUUACAGUUACAAUGGUGUAUUAAUUAUUUCAUAAAGUAAGACUUCAAAAAAGUCAAUCUUUAGAUUAAGAAUUUAAUUUACAACUAAUUACAUUACAUCACAUUACACUUAAAAACCCCACAAAAGAAGGGGGAAAAAAAAAGUCUUUGGAAGAAUAUGCUUUUCCCUCCAAAUAGAUUAUUUUGUUUACAAAUUACAACCAAUUAUAUACUAAACCCACCAUAAUCAACGUCAUUAAAUCACGUGAUGGAAGCAUGUGAUGCCAUGUGGAUAAUAGAAUUAGCGUAAGCUCUUUAACUGCAUUAACUCAAAUUACCUUAAUCACCGCCGCCCAAAAAUUGCCAUUAUCCUUCUCCUUUGCUUUGCCAGUGUUGCAAUUUGCUUUGAUCAAAAGAAGAAGAAGACGGCCGCCGCCCAUUGGCUACAAUGUAAAGGACAAAUUCACUAAAAGGUUAACCAAAAGAGAACCGAAUAACUUGUUCUCAUCAAUUUUCAAAUAAACCACAUUCCAAUUUGCCAACUCAAUUUUACUCAUCAAACAAACCAUUUUUAAAUCAUUUCAAUCUACACUAUAAAAGCAUCCCCUUUUUUUCUUCAUCUGAUCUAUCCUCACCCACUUCUGUUUUUCCAAUGGAGUGGAUCAGAGGCCGGACCCUCGGCCGUGGCUCCUCCGCCGCGGUCUCCGUCGCUACUGAUCUUCGGUCUGGUCAAGUGAUGGCGGUUAAGACAGUUGAGUUCUCUCGCUUGGAUUUUCUCAAGAGGGAACAGAGGAUUCUUUCUCAAUUGAAUUGUUCACGUGUUAUUGGUUAUAAGGGGUUUGAUGUUACGUUGGAAAAUGGGAAUUUGAUGUGUAAUCUUUUGAUGGAGUUUGCGCCUGGUGGGUCGAUUUUGGAUACGAUGGAGAAGGCGGGUGGCCGAUUAGAUGAAGCGACGGCUCAAUUUUAUACUCGAGAGAUUUUAAGUGGGCUUCACUAUGUUCAUUCUAAUGGUGUGGUACAUUGUGAUAUUAAGUGUUGUAAUAUUUUGGUGGGUGAAGAUGGGAUCAAGAUCGCGGAUUUCGGUUGUGCGCGGCGGGUGGAGGACGUUUUCGGUGGAAAUUUGGCAGGGACGCCGAUAUUCAUGGCGCCUGAGGUAGCGCGUGGAGAAAAACAGGGGUUUGCAGCUGAUGUUUGGUCAGUGGGUUGCGCAGUGAUCCAGAUGGUGACCGGCCGAGCUCCGUGGGCGAAUUUGUCGGAUCCGUUGGCUGCCAUUUACAGAAUUGGGUCUGGCGAUGAUUUGCCGGAGAUUCCAAGGAACAUGUCGGAACAGGGCAAGGACUUUUUGCGGCGGUGUUUGAUCAGAGACCCAGAAGAACGGUGGUCAGUUAAUGAGCUUUUAAAACACCCUUUUGUUCAAGAGCAGAAAUCUAAUCCCAAACAGAAUUCAAGAACUCCAACGAGUAUUUUGGAACAAGGAAUAUGGGACACGGUGAACGAUCCGGAAACGGUUGAAAGUCCGAUCAGACCAAAAAUUCACAGGACACCAUUGCAGAGGAUACAACAACUGAACGAAGUGUCAACAAAUGGACCCAAUUGGGAGUGCGACGAAGAUUGGAUAACAGUGAGAAGCAUUGGCUUAGAAGAAAACGAUAUUGUUUCUGUGAUGGAAACACCCUGUUCCUCUCAAUCCGUCGAAAUGGCAUCUAACAACGAAGUUGGCGAUCAGGACUAUAUUAAUGUUAGUGCUAGUAGAAGUAGUGAUUAUUGUAGCAGAAAAAGCAGUAAGGCUAAGAACAGGGACUUCCCUGCUAUGUCCUCUGUUUUCAACCAAAUUGUAUUAUUGAAGACUAUUAAUUUUUCUAAUAAUCACAAGUUAUGUAUUAUCAUUUCUUUGUUUCUUGUCUUUCCAGCCAGGGGUUUAUUUUAUCUUAUAAUUUUAAGUUAUAAUGAAAACACUUCAAUUUAUCACGAAAAUACGAAAAUGUCGAUCGAUCUCUGUUUACUUGAGUUGAAUAUGAAUGUCUUGUUCAAUGAUCAGAUGUGA